ACGAUCACAAACAUCAACACACUUUUACAACCAACGAAACCACAAUCUGCUUCUCCUUGUUACUGGAUAUAUUCGUGGGAGCGCCAUGGAGAACCCAGACGUGCCGGUGGGGAACCUGAUAGACCUUGAUGCGGAACCGGUUGUGGUGGUACCCGAGCAUCCCAUCCCGCUGCACACGGAUGGUCUUUUAGAUUUGGAUAUCAAGCCCCCAGAGUGUGAAGCAGUGGAGGAAGAGGCGGAGAGCGACGCAACGGAGUCAGCAGACAGCGAGAAUGACACGGCGGGGUCACCCAAACGCCACUUCUGGAACCAUUCCCAAAGAUCUUCCUCCGAAUCCUUCUCCUCCAAUCAGAGCACAGAGUCUGCGCGGGACGAACUGAUGUCAGAACAGAGAGAGUUCAUGAGGAAAUAUGUAGAGAAGAUCUUCAUAGGAGGGGAAGACAUUGACCAAGAAGAGAAAGCAAGGUUCGGGGAGCUUUGCAGCACGGAAAGCGGGAAGGGAAGGGAAUGGUUUGCGCGAUUUGUCAGCGCUCAGCGCUGCAACUCCAAAUGUGUCUCCGAGCAGACGUUCUACCGACUCGUCCAGUCCUUCGCUGUGGUUCUGUUUGAGUGCUACCAGAUGGAUGAUUUUGGGCCGGCCAAGAAUCUGAUGACCAUGUGCUUCACGUAUUACUACAUCGGUAAACCUCAUGUAGCUCCCACCGACUCCAGAGAAAAGCCAGUCAGCACCGGGAGUAUUGACGCUUACCUAAAGUCUGCCAAUAGCUGGCUGGCGGAGAAAAAGGACAAUGUUGGCCGGCUCCUGAGGAACUCUUCCACCGCAACCGAGAACUUUUUUGGUGGCCUGGAGACCAAAUUGAAGAAUCCUCUGUCCAGGAAGAAUGAUGAGGAGCAGGCAAAGGAGAAACCAUCUGACGACAUUCCAGCGCAAAGCCCAGACGAGAAGAAGGGGGAGAAGAUAUACCUGUACACGCACUUGAAGCAGCAGCCCAUUUGGCACGCUCUUCGGUUCUGGAAUGCAGCGUUUUUUGAUGCUGUCCACUGUGAAAGGAGAAAGCGAUCUCCCACCACCAGAGGGAAUGCUGGGGAGGAAGAGGAAGAGAGAGAUAAAUGGCAUCACAUGACGCAAGAGGAACGCGACGACAGCCUUCAGUUCAAUGAGAACAUCACCUUCGGACAGCUCGGCACGUUCACGCACAAUAUGGUGGCGUUUGGGCUGAGUAAGAAGUUGUGUUACGACUUUCUGAAGAAGCAGGCCGUCAUCGGCAGCCUGGACGACGAGAAGUUUAAGGAGCUCACAGACCACAUCGAUCGAAUGGCUGUCGAAUAGACGGAAGACGGGUCUCCGUUAUUUGAGUAUUAGAAGAAGAAUUAAAAAAAAAAAAAAAAAAAAAGGUUAAACCGCGUGAUGUCACAGAAUCACUCGGACGCCUUAACAGAGCUGCCAUGAUGCGCGAGAGGGACCCGGAGAGAUUACCUGUACAGUAUAUAUUUUCCACAAGAUAGAUAAGGGUUUUUUGGGGGGGUCUAUAUAUAUGAAAAGCAGAGUAUUUAAUAUAUAUUUAAGUGUUAUUUGUGGACUUUUGUCGGGAGGAAAAAAAAAAACCCCAGCAGUGUUUGUUGAGCAGACGAAAUGAAUCUCUUUAUUUUUUUAUAGUGCGUCGGGUUUAAUGCGUGUUAACCCUUUCCUCGCCACAGAUGUUGUGCGGUACCAUUAGCUUCAGACUAGCUGGGAAAGACCCCUGUGUAUUUUUGUGAAGCUAUACGUGAUAUUAUUCUUAUCGGUAGAUAUUAUAGGCGGUAAGCAUUCUGGUGAUUUAUCAGAGUACAGAAGUGAUAUAUAUAUAUAUUUGUUUAUAGAGCAU